GAAGUGCUUUGAAAUAAACAAAUACCACCAAAACAAAUUGUGAAAUCGCUGAGAGUACAAUUGUUUUCUGUCAGAAAAGCGGGAAAUUUAAUUUAAGUGAUGGAUAUUUCUUCAAAGAAAAGAAUGAAGACUGUCAUUCCAACUAUUAUAGUAGAAGAUCAUAAUGAAGUCUUAUAUCACAUAUAUCGAGCAAUAGGUUCAAAGAAGUUAAAAUUUGAUGGUGGUAUGAUGAUCCAUUUUGAUUCACACCCAGAUCUUGUUAUUCCUAAAACAAUAGACCUUGAAAGAAUUUUGGACAAAGAUUAUCUUUUAAAUUCUCUAAGCAUUGAAAAUUGGAUCAUGCCAUCUGUGUAUGCAGGUCAUUUUAAUACUUUAUUAUGGAUGAAACCAGUAUGGGCUACUCAAUUGGAAGAUGGAUUGUACAACUUUAAAAUUGGCCAGGAAAAACAGUCUAAGGAAAUGAAAGUAACCUGCACAGAAUCUUAUUUCGUGAGUGAGCUCUCUUGGUGCCCCGAAAAAGACCUCCAAGACGGGGCACGUGAUGUCACCCUCCAAGUCUGUACCCUAGGCUCGCCCCUGGAAAAAUCUGCGGCUGCUGAGAGCAAACCUACAGAAAAAGCCGUCAAGAGAUUUGUUGUGGACGAGCUGAGCCACCAUGUUAAAGAAAAAUUGGAGAAAGAACCCUUUGUGUUGGAUAUCGAUCUAGAUUUCUACUCAACAAGGAACCCUUUCCUUCCUAUGUUCUCAUCAGAACAGUUCGAUUUCUUAAGAAAACUCUACCAUUAUGAACAUCCAAAAGAAACAGACGAAAAAAAUCUCACAGAUGUUACAAACAAAAGACGAGAGCAACUGUCCGAAUUGAAGUCCAUCUUCCAAUGUGUUCGUGAUGGUCAACCCUUAAAACAGACCGCACGAUUAUCGGAGGUUCAACCACUUUUAGAUACGUUCCCAGAUGGACGUCCUCCGGAUCCGGACAUUCUCAAUGACGCUGGUUGUACCUGUGAUGAUUGUGAUUUACCUCAUCAUGUCUCUUCAAAGGAAGAGGUGCGCCAUCUAGUGAACGUUACAAAAGAAUUUUUACUUUAUCUUCCCAAACCAGCCAUAAUUACAAUAGCCAGAUCUAGCCGUGAUGAUUACUGCCCACCGGAAGAUGUUGAUUUCAUCCAAGAUCUUGUUCUUGAGAUGUUAGGAAAUAUUUAUGGGAACAUCGAGAUCACCAGAGAUUAUGAAACAGAUGAAGAUAUUGAUCCUCACGAGCACUCUUAAUUAAAGAAUCGAGGAAAUUAUCCUCAUCUGCAUUCGUGGUAAUUUUUAUUACCACUUAUCUUCUUUAACUCGCCAAUAACCUUCAAGUUCACUAGUACACUUACGACGAGGCACAUAUUUUUAUAACAUUAUCUUCAGUAAAAAUAUUUGUAACCGUUUUUCCCACUUGUUUUUAGGUUGUUAGUACUAAACGAUACGAAAUUAUUUUUUGUAUUCAUGUUUACUUUAUAUUAUAUUUUUAGCUCGAUAAAAAAUAAUGUAAAAUAAUGCCCCAAUAAUUUUAUAAUUUGU